UGAUAUUCCUGCCCUUAGACCCCCCCUUCACAGUAAGGAAAAACUACUUAAAAACCCGUAGGUGGCAAUAUUGCACAUGGAAACUUGUAAAACCACCAAAGAAGAAGACGGCCUCAGCAUGGGCGGGGCUAACAUUCCACAGCGUGUUCACAUUCCUCUGCAAUCAAAGCAUUCCACAACGAUGCCCCAUUCUGCAGGCUGCAGCCAGGGGUAGUUGGAGUUAACAGGUAGUCUUUGCAGUCCCGGUAUCCAGACGCUGCGCACGCAUGUCCGUCUUCGAAUGUUUGUUGACGUGCGUCAUCUACACCCAUGAGUUGCUCCCAGAAGUAGUUCGGAGAUUGCAUUCGCCUCACAGUUUCCCUCCCGGCGUGGAAAUGGCAGCGGCGGUGGAACCAGCGGAGGACAGCUGCCGCCGGAGCAGCGACAAUGAUGAGGAAGCGCUAACAGGUGAUUUUGAGGAGGAGGAAGAGGAGGAGGAGGAGGAGGCCGAGGAGUUCACCUGCUCGGCCUACUGCUCGGAGCUCUCUCGAAAGCAAAACGAGCAGAGGACGGCCGGGCGCUUCUGCGACGUGACCCUGGUCCUGACGUCCGGAGAGCUGGACGCAGAGAGGACGCAAACCGUCUCUGCCCACCGCUCCGUCCUGUGGGCGGCGUCGCCGUACUUCGCGCUCCUUCUGGGGGGGCAGUUUGUGGAGUCCCUGACCGGCAGGGUGGAGCUGAGAGGAUGGAGCUCGGAGGAGGGCCCGGACCCCCAGACGGUGGAGAACGUGGUGCAGUUCAUGUACACGGGGGAAGUUCGGAUAACCAGGGCCAAUGUUCACCAAGUCCUGGAGCUCGCGGACAGGUUUCUUCUGGCGCAGCUGAAGAGCUUCUGUGCGGAUUUCCUUUCAAAGAGGGUGACCCUGUCCAACUGUGUGGCCGUGCACAGCCUGGCACACAUGUACUCUCUGGACCCGCUGGCUCAGUCCGCCGCCCAAAUGAUCAGGAGAAACUUCCACAGGGUGGUCCGCUGCGACGAGUUUGACGCGCUCCCCUUCCACCUGGUGCGGGACUGGCUGUCGGAUUCGGAAAUCGCCGUGGACUCCGAGCAGCAGCUGUUCGAGGCCGUCGUGAAGUGGGUCAACCAGGACGCGCAGGAGCGGGAGGGACAUUUCGAGGAGCUGUUUAAGCUUUUAAGGUUGGCUCAGAUCGCUCCGACCUACCUGAUGCGUGUGGUGAGAAAGGAGCCCCUUGUGGCGAGCAGCGCGGCGUGUCAGCAGCUGGUAUCCGGCGCCCUGGAGUUUCACGCCAUUUGCUACGAGAGCCACAAGCCAGCAGAGCUCGCUGCUCUUUACGCCGCAGCAACCGAGCCACGCCGGGGCCAGUACAUGGAUGUCAUCAUGGUGACGGGCGGGGUUUCAGAAGGUGAAGAGUACCUCAGUGAGUGCGUGGGCUACUUUGUUGAUGAAGACCGUUGGGUCAACCUGCCUCAUAUUCACAACCACCUCGAUGGACACGCCAUCGCCAGCUGCGAGGGUCACCUCUACGUUUCUGGCUCCAUGGAGCCGAGCUUCGCCAAGAUUGUGGAACGCUACAGCCCCAGCCUGAACAGGUGGGAGCAGGUGAGCUCCCUGACCACCCGGAAGCACUCGUUCGGCCUCAGCUGCGUCAAAGACGUGCUCUACAGCAUCGGGGGUCACGGAAACUUCAGUCCAGGCUUCAAGGACGUGGCGGUCUAUAAACCCGAGCAGGAUGAGUGGAUCAGCCUGGAGCCGGCUCCGAAAAUCCUACGUGACGUGAAAACGGUGAGCGUAGAGGAUCGCUUUGUGUAUGUGACGGCCAGGACCCCCGUAGACACGGAGCAGGACGACGGCCUGAGCACUGUCAUCACCUGUUAUGACACGGAAACUCUCAGGUGGAAGGAAGUGCAAUCCUUACCUCUGAUUGACAACUAUUGCCACUUUCAAAUGGCCGUUGCCUCCACAAACUUCUACCACACCGCCUCCUGUUGCCCCAAAAGCUACAAAACCACAGCUGAGGCCGCUCAGCUGAGCAUAGGCGGCACCGUCGCAUACGAAAUCCUGGACAGCCUCCCUUCAGAGGCCCUGUGCGUGGAAGGUGCAGCCGUCUGCCACUUCAACGAAGACAUCUUCAUCGUCGGCGGCUGGAGGAACAGCCACGCCUUCGAGAAGCAGUACUGCAAGGACGCGUACCGUUACUCCGCCGAGAAGAAGCGCUGGCUGCUGCUGCCUCCUCUGCCUCAGCCUCGCUGCCGAGCGGCCGCCUGCCACCUCCGCAUCCCGUACCGGUUCCUUUGCGGCCAGCAGCGGUACCCCGUUCCCCAGAACCUGGCUCGCCAGCGAGUGAGAAUGCAGCAGAUGCAGCAGCUCCACCGCCGCACGCUCAGUCUAAGACGACAGCUCCAGUCUCAGAUUGAAUGCUAAUAGUCAGGGAUCGUCCGCUGAUGAACAUCCGAAUAUUGUCCCAAGAUUUUUUGCUUUUUUUUCUUCCAUAUUGAAGGCAAACUCAUUUUAAGUAAACUGAUUAAGCUUUACUGUUUUCUAAUCAGUAAAUGAGACUGUGAUUCCGGUUAUAAAGGAAUGGUGGCCUUUGUGAAGACGUACAGUCACAUCAGCAUUUAAUGUGAUGCGACCUCUCAGUGAUGUUUGUGCUAAUAACAUUCCAUUUCAUGUAUUUUGAUAUGUGCCAAAA